AUGAGUCGCUUGAACCUAGAUACCACAGUAGGAGGAAACCAGAGGUAUUCGUUUAUGGAAACACCAGUCGAAAUGCAUCCAUCCUUCCAACGGAAUCUAUCCAAUCCCCCAGCGGAACCAAAUGCGCCCCCACAUCCUGUGGAAGAACCAGAGCGACAGCGAGCAUGGUCAUAUGCAAGUGAGAAAGAGCAGCAAUUUCAGAAUCAGGGAAUAAUCCCAGACUAUGCCAACUGUCCGCCCAUCGAGCAGCACCCGGCCAAUUAUGCGCCUUUGGCUCGGAACCAGCAGCAACAACAGCAACCGCAACAUAACACAAUGUCCCCUCAGACCUACGCAAUUGCGCCCGAGCAGCAUCCCACUCAACUUUAUACCCAGUCCUAUACCCAGUCGUAUACAAACAUAGCCGAACAAAGUCGCACCAUGACUCCUCAGGCGUAUGUAAAUCAAUCGCAUACAAAUAUACCCGAGCAACAGCAACAAUGGCACCAACAAAUUGGGAUGACCAUAUCUCCUCAGUAUGCGAACGUACCUCAACAAGACAGCACUCCCAUGUCUCCCCAAACAUAUGCAACUCAUUCAUAUGCGACACAAUCAUAUACCCACAUCCAGGACCAACAGCGCGACAUCGAACCACCCAUCCAACAAUAUGCCUCGUAUCCCGAAACUCCCAGCUCACCACCACCGAUCUCGCCAGGGCCACUGCCCCUGAAAGUAAACCCCGAAGCUCCAGCACGAAGCGAAACAAUGCCCAUUGUCCCAGACGAGAAUCCCCUCCAGUCACCCAAGUCACCAUAUUUCCCUCCACCCACUAGAGCGGCGACAUCGCGCACUCCCCAGCCAGAUGACCUGAGCGCAUACCACCAGCCCGGUCAAUCCAUGCAUCCAAAUCAGGAGACGAAGGGGGGAGGAUGGAGCAAUGGACUGUGCGAAUUUUCGAAUUUCGGAAUCUGCUGUCUGGGAAUGCUAUGUCCGUGCAUUUUGUAUGGGAGAACUCAACAUCGACUCUCAAUGAAAUCGAGGAAGGAGGACCCGACAAACAUGCUCGGUUAUGAGACAUGCAAUGCGUCGUGUACGGGGAUGGGAUUGCUAUGCGGAUGUCAAUGGUUACUGGCCACCAUCCAACACACCAGAACGAGAAAGGCAUAUGGCAUCCAGGGUAGUAUAAUGUCCGACUGUGUCCGAGCUACCUGUUGUACAUGCUGCACAUUGAUCCAAGAUGAGAAGGAGAUCCAGAAGCGUGAGGAGUAUCGCUCUCGCGUGGCCAGGGAACGGGGGGCGGCUCUGCUCUCGCCGUAUACUACCCCCGGGCCGAUGUCUUAUAGUCCGCCACCGCGAUGA